AUGGUGAUCCGUGCUUUGCCCGCAUGGCAUCAUCUCGAACGAAAAUCUAGAGAAGGCACGGAUGGUGAUUCGCGUUAUCUGUCUAUGUCAACAAAUGAGUGUUUCAUACUAUCUUUUCAUUCAACCAAACACUUCCAAGAAAAAGAAAAAAAUCUGGGGAAAAUGAAGUGUGAACUAUGUGGAAAGUUAGCUCGAAUGCACUGUGAAUCAGAUCAAGCAAACAUAUGUUGGGACUGCGAUUUGAAGGUUCAUGGAGCCAACUUCCUUGUAGCCAAGCACAAUCGAACCCUUCUUUGCCAUGUCUGUCAAAACCCUACUCCUUGGCUUGCAUCUGGUCGCAAUCUCGGCUCAGCCGUCACUGUUUGCGAUUCCUGCUUUGAGAACAGGAAUGAUGAGCCUGAAGUGACGGCGGAAGAGUCAUCGGAGGGAACGUAUGGUGAAGAAGAGGAAGAUGAAGAUUAUGAUGAUGAGGCGGUAGAAGAGGAGGUUGAAGAUGCUGAAAAUCAGGUGGUUCCAUGGUCUGCCGACUCUUCUUCUUUGUCAUUGUUGAAACCGGUCUUGGAGUGUAGCAGUGAUGAUGGCGGUGGUUUUGGGCUGAGGAGGAUGAGAGAAAAUCAAAGUUUUUGCUCCGAUGAUGAGAUUGGGUGCUCCUCAUCUCUCGUAGGCUCGGGAGGUUGGUCCAAUGGAGAAGCAUCAUCAUCUAUGGGAUCAUCAAGAUUUUUGAAGCAGCCAAGAUUAGCUGAAGUUCAUCCAUCAGCUAGAAAUGAAGAAGAUGGUGAACCAAAGUCCAGAUCAACGGCUGUCAUCUGCUAUCUGAAAAGGCUUCAAAAGCACACCAUCACCAAUGAUGAUGAUGCAUCGGCCACAAUCACUGGAAUCUGCAGGUUGAGGAGAGAUCAGAGCCGUUAAUUUCAUUCCCACACUAACUCUUAUUCAAUCCUAACAUAAUACGACCUCUUGUUGUAGUUUUUGU